GGCAAGGGCACUGGCAACUGCUAUUGGGGGUUGGUGGCGUCGUCGCCAGCAACGGCCUCAUCCACGGCAUCCCUCCCUUUGAUGCAACUCCCACCACCUCUGUGCUCAUCAUCAGCCCAUCAUCAACAACAGCAGCAGCAGUGACAGCAGCAGUGACAGCAGCAGUGGAUGACACGACCACCAUCAACAGUCUGCAAGCCAUGUGGGCACUGCAGGCGGCGUGUGCUGUGGCUCGCAACACCCUCGUCUAUGGGCGUGACCAUUGAUCGCAGCACGAGCACAGCAGACACAAGCACGCUUGGUGGGCUGCUACACGGCGGAUGCAAGUGGAUCAGCGGCGUGGCUGCGGACAAUGGCGUUUUUCCUGCCACGGCAUUCCAUGCAACUCGCCAUCCAUCCUCAUCCUGCGACGGCAUUCCAUGCAACUCGCCAUCCAUCCUCAUCGUCGAUGCAGCCGCAAGUGCGGUGGGCGCAGCCGUGCUGUCUGUUCCAGAAGUGCGACGCGUUCCACCCGCACAAGCAGGCAAUACCUCGUCAGCUUCAGGGGCACUAAGUCUGCUCGUUCUUGAUGCCAUGCGCAACCACCUCCCCAAGCUGCAACACGGCAGGGACACUGUGUUGGUGUGCGCGUGCAGGUGGUUUGGCGAAGAGCGAAUGGGCCGUGAGGGGAAGGCAGAGGAAGAGUUCAACACGCACACGUACACGCAACUGGCGCUGGAGACCAAGUUUGGGCUCAUCGUGGAUGGAUUUGGCGACCACUCCUUCAGCCCUACCAGGGCCUGCUGGACUGGGAGACGUUCAGCAUCCGCAUUCCCCGAACACAGGCUCCUCGAGCGUCCGAGGAUCCUGCGGUCGAUCCCUGAAAAGGUGGUGGAGAUGAUGCAGAGACGCGUUGUGUUUGUGUUUGAGGAGUUCUUCAAGUCCCUCUCCACCCAAGUGCACACAGCGCUGGAGUCUGCCAGGAUCAACCUGUUCAGCGGCGACAACGCGUGGCAGAGGGCCCUUGAACCAGCAGCUGUCACCCCCUCCCCCUCCACCAACCACCACCACUGCUCUGGUGGGAUGAACAGACGGGCGCUGCCAUGUGAUGACCAUUCAGCCAUGCUUGUGCGGCUGCGGAAGCAGCAACACCAACUCACACCACACCACCCCACAAAGCAAGCGAGCCAUGAGCAACCUGCUGCUUAUCUUCCCCUCUCUUCCUCGCCCUCCCUCGCGGCCAUCACAACAACAACAACAACAACAGCAGCCAACACACCCUCCACCGCCGAUGCAGCAGCAGCAGAGAAUGCACCACCACCAGCAUCACUUGCAGCUGAACACAUUCCCCAGCCAACCAACCCAUCGCCCACUGCUGCUGGCUGUUUGCUGGUGGCAACAGGUGGCGACAGCACAAGCUGCAUUUUCGGCUGGAAGCAGCAGCAAGCAGAGCUGUCACCACCGCCAUCACCACGACCAUCGACGGCACAGCCGCCAUCACACUUCGGCCGACACGAGCUCCAAUCUGGCGUGAGGCAGACAUUGCACAUGUCAGUCGCUCUCAUGAAGAGCGUUGGCGAGGCGCAUGAAGCGGUGGCACCAACGACGAUGACGAUGACGAGUGAUGAAGCAGCGGCAGCGGCCAUGGAUGUGGAGGUGAGAUGA